CAUCUAUUUUCAUAGAUGUAUUCCUGUCAAACUCAAACCAUAGACACAUGCGCAAGGUUUCCAAGUGGCGAUGUGACUUCUUUCAAGUUGUGUAUUCUUUAGUAGGAGACUAUUAGAUCAGACUCAUGUCUGCCACCACGGCACUGCGUAUCCUUUGCCUUCAUGGCUACCGUCAGAAUGCGGUCAGCUUCCGGGAGAAAACGGGAGCUUUAAGGAAACUGCUGAAGAACCGGGUAGAGCUCGUGUAUAUCACGGCUCCUCUCGAAGUCCCAAGUCAGGUGGACAGUGGUCAGGCCCCUGGUCCGGGCUCUGCUGUGUGCGCUGAGGCCCCGUGUGGCUGGUGGUUCUCUGACGGCGGGCAGCGCAGCUUCGACGCGGGGCAGGUGUGUGAGGCGAGCGACGGGCUGGAGGCCAGCGUGGACGUGGUGCGGGCGGCGGUGCGCGAGCAGGGCCCCUUCGACGGGCUGCUGGGGUUCAGUCAGGGCGCCGCCCUGGUGGCCAUGCUGCUGGCGCUGCAGGAGGGCGGGCAGGAGCCCGAGUUCCGCUUCCGCUUCGCCGUCCUCAUCUCGGGGUUCCGCAGCGCCUGCGUCCAGCACGCACGCUUCUACAGCGCCCCCAUCGCCACGCCGACGCUGCACGUGUUCGGGGAGGUGGACGCCGUCAUCCCCAUUCACAUGAGCCGCGAUCUCCUCGCCGUCUUCACGGAGCCCGCCGCUCUCACACACUCAGGAGGACAUUUUGUACCGGCGGCUUCUGCACACAAACCCGAUUACCUGAGCUUCAUCCAGAGGUUCCAGAAACACACCUGAACUUCAUCCAGAGGUUUCAGAAACACACCUGAACUUCAUCCAGAGGUUUCAGAAACACACCUGAACUUCAUCCAGAGGUUUCAGAAACACACCUGAACUUCAUCCAGAGGUUCCAGAAACACACCUGAAGUCCUCGUCUUCAUCUGUGUUUUCUCAGGGUCUGCUGUACUGUGGGGUUUUCUCAGGGUCUGCUGUACUGUGGGGUUUUCUCAGGGUCUGCUGUACUGUGGGGUUUUCUCAGGGUCUGCUGUACUGUGGGGUUUUCUCAGGGUCUGCUGUACUGUGGGGUUUUUGACUUGAAAUAAAAAUGUCUCUGUACUGGCUCGUGGUUUUGACUGCUGGAUGCAAAUGCAUAUUUUAUAUUAUAUUAUAUAUUAGCCCCUUAUUGGCUCUUGUGACCUGAUGUUCAGUGCACAGUUCCGUUCCACAUUUGAGGACGCAAUACCAGUUC